GGCUUCCGUUGAGCACCGAGCAAGAUGGCAGCCUCCGAGACGGUUAGGCUACGGCUCCAAUUUGAGUACCCGCCGCCGGCCACCCCGCACUGCACGGCCUUCUGGCUCCUGGUCGACUUGAACAGAUGUCGCGUCGUCACGGACCUCAUCAGUCUCAUCGUGGACCAAACUUGGAGGAACCCCGAUGGCCACGGGCAGGCCCACUUUCUCUCUUGUUAUUUUGACAGAGUUAAACUAGAAGAGAAGAGAGUUGCUGAGAGUUCUGUAUUAGUAAGUAAUGGUGACGGUACUUUCUCACCUAAAAAAGCAAGGAAGCGGGCAUUUAAGGUAGAGGAGGAUGAAGAAACGGAACUAGAUUACAGGUAUUCAAAGAAGCAGUGGAAGAGACAAGAGAACAGUGACUGUAAUGAGAAGGCCUUGGAUCUGGCACCGAAAGCUGUCACAGAUCAGACUGUGAGGAGAAAAAAAAAGAGAAAAAACAAAGCAACGUGUGCCGUAGUGGAUGAAGAUGAAGAGACCAAAAGAAAAUCACCAAAGAAAAAGGAGAAAUGUGAAUAUAAAAAAAAGACCAAGAAUCCCAAGUCUUCUAAAGUACAGGCUGUAAAAGAGUGGCCCAGUCACAGCUGUAGUCCCCCAAAAAGUUCUGCUAGGAACAGCAUUCGUAAAGUCAGAAGGCAAGGUGUCAGCACAUGUUCAAAAGAUAGUCCCAUUUCCUCCUCAGAUUCUGAGUCUUCCCAUGAAUCAACCAGUGAUGGCAUCAGUAACGUCACUUUAGAUAUUAGAAAUUCCUCAGAGAAAAUAGCAAUGGAAUUAUCAAAGGAAGGACCAUCUACCAAAAAUACAACUGCAAACAAACUGGCUACAAAAGCUGGCUUUAGCUUCACCCCCAGCAAAGGCAAGACCUCUGGGACAUCAUCGUCUAGUUCAGACUCUUGUUCAGAGUCAGAUGACCAAAGGAUGUCGCAGAGCACUGCAGAGUGUGCCGCGGGUUUCUUGAAGACAGUAAGCCUCUUUGCUGGAAGAGGCUGUCCAGGCCCAGGACUGUCCUUGCAGACUCCAAGUGCUGUUGGCUGGAACCAUUCUGACUCAAAUACUGGCAGACAGGCUCCUGGUCCUCUUCCCAGUGUGGGUCUCCUGACUGGUUUAGGGAGAGGAUGGAGUAGAGAAGAAGACUUUCUGUCUUGGAAGGGAGCCAGGGGUCGGGGCAUGCGGGGGAGAGGCCGAGGUCGUGGGCGGCCAGUUUUCUGUGCUGUAAACAGAAACACUGAAUGCCAAAGGCAGCAGCAAUUAAAUGAAACAGUAACAAACAUAUCUACUAUUAUUCAGAAUCCGGUAGAGACACAAAAGAAGGACUACAGCCUGUUGCCGAAGUUAGCAGCUCCCCCUCAAAUUGGAGAAAAGAUUGCAUUUAAGCUUUUGGAGCUAACAUCUGAUUACUCUCCUGAUGUCUCUGACUACAAGGAAGGAAAAAUAUUAAGCCACAAUCCAGAGACCGAGCAAGUAGAUAUAGAAAUUCUUUCAUCUUUACCUGCCUUGAAAGAACCUGGAAAAUUUGACUUGGUUUAUCACAAUGAAAAUGGAACCGAGGUAGUGGAGUACGCUGUGACACAGGAGAGGAGGAUCACCACUAGUUGGAAAGAAUUGAUUGAUCCAAGACUGAUUAUUGAAUCUCCAAGUAACACAUCAAAUACAGAUCUUGUCUGAGGAUGGCCUCUCCACCUCAUAGUUUGUAAAUGUCUUGUUUGUGAAAGUGACUAUGAACUUUUUUUGUUUUCAAAGAGGAUUUGAAAGUUGUAUGGAUUUUUUGUGAUCUUCACUUUACUGCAUAGGAAAAAAAUCUACCUCAUCAUUUAAAAUAACAUGAGUGUUGGUUUUGCAGACCUUUUUUUUGCAGUAAACAAAACCUAAAACAUGACAUUCCCUACAGUCAUUGUUAUACCAAUAUGUUAUGGGUUCUUCUCUUUUUUUAUUUUUCUGGGUAUCAAGUAGCAAUCGUCAGUAGGAGUUUAUAAUACCAAGUACAAGGAUGUGCUGCACAUCUUAUCUCAGUAAGUCUUAAGUAACAUUUUAGGACAUUAAAGCAUGUUACUUGACCUAAUUUUUUUUAACAUUUAAGUUGUUCCAUUAAAUGGAGCAUCUUAUAAAUUUCAAGUAUUUUAUACUUGUAAUUGUCAAGAGUGAGCAGGUGGUUGGAUUUGUUGCAGGCAGUGAGUUAAGGAAUCCUUUCACGUUUUCACAACUUUAAAAUUAAGGAUUCUCAGGGCCUCCUGUGGAGCGAACAUAAGACCUCGGGUGUGUGCCUGGAGAACUGGUGUCCUCUCAGGUGAGAGGAUUGCUGUGAGUUUCAGACCAGGGACUAUGUCAUCUUGCUACGUGAUGCUGGGCACCUGGCUGAGUGAGUUGGAGUGAGGAUCUUGAACAGAAACUUCCUUUUCUGUUGUUAUGCAGUACAAAGUUAAAAUGGCUAAAUAUAUACUGUGAAAAUUGUUUGUUUUAACAAAAGAUCAAAUCCCUCCUUCAGCCUUGCAGAUUUUUAAAUAAAAUCAUAUUGAACUAAA